CGGGGCACGUCCGAUUUUGGACCGAAAACUGCGGAAGCAAUAUACGAGGAAAAACUGUUUUAGGUUAUCAGCGUUUCAUCACACCUGUCGAGGUUUGUUUAUGACGAUUCCUCUGUCCUCUUCCUGGUAAUUGAAGUAAAGCAACAGAGGAAAUGUCUUUGGAAGGAAGCAUAUGUCAUGUAAUCUGCUUCUGAAACACGAUGGAAAUUCCCUGCCUCCUGUGGGACACCAGAGAACAAACUGCUAUCUGCCAAAAGUGUAGCCACAAAGACGAGGACAACAACAGAAUUUAGGUCAAUAGGGAUAAAGACACGGUAACCCUGCUGAUCCUGCUAUAGCUUGAUAGAACCAAUAGAUGCACAGUAGACAGGACAGUAGUAGACUCUCGGGUGUAAUUGGAUUACGUUACUGUGUGUAAUGGGGGAGUGUAUGUUGGACCGUCAUGGUGAAGAUGGUUUUCAAAGUUGUGACGGGUUUGACGAUUGGUCCACGUUCAGUUCUGCGGACUGGACAGAACCCCAGCAAGAUGGCAGUGGGGUUUCAGACUGGGGUGCAGUCCAGGACAAAACCAGAAAAGAGGAAUCAUCAACCCUACCUGUGGCAGAAGCAGGAACUUUUGAGUUUCCUGAAAACACUGAAAAUGGCGAUAAGGGAAAUCCCUGGUUUAUUUUUAAUGACUGCUUUCAAGAGGCAGAGACAGAUCCUGUCAUGAUGGAAAUCCCUACAUUGUCUCUGCUACAGCAGAGCGUAUUAGACAAGCCCUCUCAUUCUGCAGCAAUAUCAAGUGAAGCUGCAAAUUUCUGGUGUCAUCUACAGUCUGGGUCCAAAAUUCUCAGACUGUCAGGUCCCAAACCCAAACUACACUCCCAUAAAGGACUGCUCAAAACCCUCCAGCUCAGACAGCCUGACGCAAGCGCUCACUCACAGACCACUACACUUUUAGAUCUUGAACUAGAAGAUCUGGAAGACCCUCCUGGACCACUUAUUCAAACCAAGCUGAUGCCAUCAUCACAGUGUCAGAAUGCACCAGGAUUCUUUUAUCAGAUCUCACGCCAGUGGCUCAGCCAGUACAACAUGAACCUGCUGCCCUACCAGAACAAGAAGGAUCCUCUGCAAUAAUCAACAUCACAUGUACACACACUUACAGUUGCACUGACACACACUACUUCAGAAAAACAAACCUGCAAGGAAAAGUUGUGUCCAAAAAUGAACAUUUUUAUCAUCAUUUACUCAGCUGAUUGUUCCAAGCCCAUUGUAAAUGCAUUGAAAUUAGCUACUAGUGCAUUCUUCAAAACAUCUCAGAAAAUCAUGCAGGUUUGGAAGUAACCGAAAUGAUAACCGAAUUUAAAUUUUUGGGUCCCUUUAAACAAAGUACAAGCUGCCUACUGCCUGCAUUCAUUCAUGUGUAUGGAAACAAGCACAGGCAAGUUUUUCCAAGCACUUUCACAAAUAAAUCCAAGCCUGUUACGAAGCAUGCUUGACAAAAGUACUAGUAUGCACACUAGCUCAGGAUGGAAUUCCUAACUUACUUGAUGUACACACUUUGCCACUGAUCUAACAUAAACCGGAGGCUUUUAACAUAAGCAGAACAAAACCACUGUAAACCUCAAGUACAGGAAGUUAAUGCCGCCAUAUAGUUAUUUAUGUAUUCCACUGUCUGCUGCUGCUGCCUAAGCUCAUGGCUUACUGUUCUUAAAUUAUUAUUGUGAACUGUCAUCUGAAAUCUUUGAAUGUAUUUGGUUUAUUUAUGUUGGAAAUAUUUAAACAAGAAUAUAUGAAUAUACAGCUCUAAAAGUCUGUGUCCUGCACUUUAGAGCAGUUAUUCAAAAUGUAA